AUGGAUUCAUCUAUUUUAAAAAACAAUAUGAUAGCUUAGAGUGAUUAAUAUUUUACCGAAAAUGAAAAUAAACGAAUAUAAUUCCCGCCCAUGGACACACAUCGGUUUGUCUACGGUAGAUUCUGAAAAUUAGAAGGUGUAUGUCGGUAAAGUUUGUCGAUGAAUCCGCGGUCACACUGAAAACUGUUUGCAAACAAAAGCGAAAAUGUUUUAAACAUUUUUUCACUGGGAACCACUGCAUUCCUUUAGUUUUCGCCUUGGUAGAGCUUUUAGUUUCGCUUAGCUGCAGUCCAGUCCGCGCGGACCAUGGCCCGAAACGCUGCCGCGGGCGUUGUCGCCACUCUGCCUGGCGGAGGCGGCGGCGAGCCCAGCUCUCCAGUGCAAAAGGUGUGGAAGCCCGAGUUGUACAAGAUCCAGCUGGAGGCACCGGCCCCGUGUCCGAUGCGCUGCCAGCGCACUCUCCCGCUGCCGCCGACAAAGUGCACCGCCGAGGAAGUGGAGCUGGACAACCAGGCCGCGCGGCUGUACGGCUCAGAGUACCAUGGCCUGAUGGGCCACCUGGAGGCCGAGCAUCUGCUCGGUCUAACAGGAGGAGAAGGCAGCUAUCUGGUGCGGCGCAGCCCCAUGUCCGACGGCUUCUACACGCUGAGCCUGCGCUUCAACAAGCGCACCAAGCACUACAAGCUGUUCCACAAGCCCGGCGUGGGCCACUACCUGCGCGAGCAGGACAAGCGCUUCGACUCGGUGUACGAUAUGGUGGCCGACGGCCUCAUCAACUUCCACAUGCAGCUCCAUGCCAGCCCCAUCAUACAGCAGAUUAAUCAGCAAACCAAAAACUGCUACCAGCAAAGUCCCUACAUGACCCUCAACGGUCGCAAGCUCCGAGCACUCUCCAAUGAGUUGGGCAAGACUAAUGCCGCUGCCGCCGCCGCAGCCGCUGCUGCCACUGGCGCAGCAAAGGAUGAGGCCGCUCCCAAGGAUGUGGACGUGCCAUUGACGCCGGCGCAGCCGUCGGCCAGUCAGCCGCCCGCUGUUGCAGUGGAUCCCAUGCCGCUGAUCUACGAGAAGCUGCACCACUUCAAGGUGCACACCUUUAAGGGCCUCAACUGGUGCGAAUUCUGCGCCAACUUCUUGUGGGGCUUCACCGCUCAGGGCGUCAAGUGCGAGGCCUGCGGCUUUGUGGCGCACACCAAAUGCUCGGAGCUGGUGCCGCCCAAGUGUGUGCCCGAUCUGAAGCGGAUUCGCGGCGUCUUUGGCACCGAUCUGGCGACCAUGGUCCAGCUGGAUCCGCGCCACCAGAUCCCCUUUGUUGUGCGUCGCUGCGUGGAAGAGGUCGAGGCCCGGGGCAUGCUUCAGGAGGGCAUCUACCGCGUCUCGGGAUUCGCUGACGAGAUCGAGGCCCUCAAGCUGGCCCUUGACCGGGAGGGCGAGAAAACAGACAUGUCCGAGGCGGCCUACGGCAACGUCAAUGUCAUUGCUGGCACCCUAAAGCUCUACCUGCGGCUGCUGCCCGUGCCGCUCAUCACGUUCCAGGCGUACCCCAGCUUCAUGACUGCCGGACGGAACAGCAAACAGGCGGAGCAACUGCAGCUGAUGUCAGAGGCAGUGCGGCGUCUGCCGCCGGCACACUACAGCUGCCUGCAGUACAUGCUGGAGCACCUGAAGCGCGUGGCCUCCCACUAUGCCGUCAAUAAGAUGAACGAGCACAACCUGGCCACCGUGUUCGCCCCCACGCUGAUAGCCACGCCACAGCACAUGACGAACCUGACCGAGGAGAUAUUCAUGCUCUCCUCGCUAAUCACCCACUGCAAGACCAUAUUUGCUUGAGGGCCACACGAAAGCCUCAAGCACAGACCAGAGGGAGAACACCACACACUAGAGGGAGCAACAGCUAUCUCCUGCUCCCUCAUGAGCUGCGCACCUUAAUCGGCAGCUUGCCCAGCAUUUACCUUAAUUUAUUAAUGAACUUUCGAUGCAUCCUCGAUAUGUCCACCAAAAAUGUAGCCUAAGUAUCCAUGAAUAGCGCUUUAAAAUUCCCCAGUUUUGUAAGGAUUACAUCGAAGAACAAAAGUAGAAGGCAUUUAAUGUUGUAGGGAUCUAACGUACGAAUUUACUGAACUUUUGAAAUACUUUUAGCAUACUCCUACGAUAAUAUCGUCACAAGAAAUAUACAUAUUUAUUUUAUUUAUAUAAA